UACCAAAUAGGAGGAAAUUACAAACAAAUUACGGCUUUGGAAAAAAUAAUUUAUUAAUCUCUAAUAAUUCAAACCCAUUUCAGUUUCCGAGAUCUAUUAAACAUUGCUCAAAAUGAUUCGACAAGACCAAAUUAUGUAUUCGCAACUGCAGCCUUUGACUACAGUAGGUGCCCUGCCAUGCAUGGAACAAGUAUCAGGACACUCUCUUCCAACUAGAAAUGGUAACUACUACCAAGCACUGCAACAUCCAUGGAGACCUACACUGGGGUAUGAGAAUACUGAAGUUGUUCCUCUCCAUUGCCAACCAGUCAAAAAUGCAUUGAUGGACCCAUGUCGUACACCCAGUGGCAGGGCCAUGGAACCACUUUGCUUUCCCAAUCUUGUGACUAGCUUUGAACGUAACCCAGCACAUGCUGCUCGUGCUGCACUUUACACACGCUACACACCAUAUGAGUGGACACAAAGUAACAUUAGUCAUUACAAUGAAGCAGAUACAAACCGUAAUUUUUCUGAGCGACUCCGUGGAGAUGCCAUAAGGGUCAUGAGAGAAACAGAUGAGAAGACAAUAACUGGUCAGCGUGAAUCUGGUCGCCGAUUGGGUGAACGCAUCACUGAUACUACCUUCUGGCGCAAUGAAAUAUCAACCGAAUUGGAACGAAUUAUUGCAGAGAGUAACCUACUCCAGGAUAAACGAAGAGAUCUGGAAAAAGCUAUCCAGGACAUUGAGGGCCCGCUGCAUAUUGCUCAAGAAUGUCUCUAUCAACGUGAAAACAGGCAAGGAAUUGAUCUGGUACACGACCAAGUGGAACAAGCCCUACUGUAUGAAGUGGAGAAUCUUCAUGCCUGCCAAGAUCGUCUAAAAAAAAUGCAUGAGAAAGCCAUACAGCAACUGCGAAACAAUCGGGCAGGACAGCAUGAACUGGAAUGGGAUCUGAAGAGCAAGGAAUCUGCCCUCGGCAUUGACAACAUGUGCCACCAACUUAAUAAUUUCUCACGUGGAAUAAACUACUAUGGUGGCAUUGAGAAGUUUGAUUCUACUGUAAAUGUGCCUGAAUCUUGGGCAGAGAACAGCAACCGCAUUAUCCAGAGAUCACAGAAUGAGCGUUCAAAAUCAACACAGCUCCGAACUGAUGCAGACAGUCUCAUCAAUCAAAGUGUCAAUGAUAUAUGGAAUGCAUGGAAUGCCACCAACAGUGCCCUGUCAAGAAGAGCUUCAGAGAUUCUGGAGGCUAAAGCUAAGCUGCAGAUGCACCUCCACAAGGUCCAACAAGAGAUAUUUGAUGUCAAGAAGAAUAUGGAACUGUUACACAAAGCUAUCAUGGACAAGAGCAAUCCCCUGAAGGUGGCACAUAGUCGUCUUGAAGCACGGUCACAUCGUCGUGAUGUCGAACUGUGCAGGGAUGGUGCACAAACCAGGUUGGUUAAAGAGGUGCAAGACAUUGGCGAGAGCAUUGAGCACCUGCAUCGGAAGCUGCAGGAAGCAGAGGCACAACAUCAACAACUACUCAAGACACGGUCCAACCUGGAGACAGAGCUGCAGAUCAAAGUGAACUCCCUCUUCAUUGACAGAGAAAAAUGUUUGGGCAUGCGUCGCAGUUUCCCCAUCAGCGCCACUUUAAAAUAUUAGACAAAGGAGUUUUGUAGUGACAUUAUUUUACUUUUAGUACAACUACUUGAAACCAAGAAUUUGUAAUUAAAAAAAAAAGCAUUAAGGCUGAAGACUUCUCCAAGAUGUGUGACUAGGUUUAAGAGCAAAACAAAGUUGACCAUUAUAUUUUGCUUGGACAGAUGAAUUUAUUGGUACAUGAGUUGGUAGCAAAGCACACUAGCAUUGAUGCACUGACAGUAUGCAACUUUGACUCACAUAUGAUUCUCUUUUCUCUUUUGUACUUGUAUUUGCACAGAUACUCAUUUAAAUUGUGCAGUUAUAUAUUAUUCAACCAUAUGUUUAAAAUUUUUCAUGUGGAACACAUAAUAACAACUGAAAGUAGAUACCAAAUUAUGUAGAAGUAAUAUUUGAAAGAGAAUGUGUAAUUUUGUGAAGCAUAAGCAGUCUAAUAACUUUCUGUUAACGAGCAAGAAGUAAUUGUCAGCAUUAUUAUUCACUUUAUCGCUGUAUUAUUUGUGCUGCAUUGGUGUAGGCUUUCAGUUUUCCAUGAUGCGUUGUUCACUGCACUGAUUUAAACGUUCCAUGUUCAAAUCUGAUUGUAGACAAACAAUUAAAAAAAGCUUUAUGAGUGUUUUAGUUCUGAACAGUACACCAUUUAUUUUUACCAAACAUGAACUGGUAUGUUGGCCCUUGAAAGAGAUUUUUUCAAAACCUGGCAUAUCUAAUGUCCAGAUACAGAAAUAUGAAAUAACCUGUAAGGAGUGGCUA